AUGCUGCUCGAAUUCCUCGCCACCGAGCUGGUUGCUCAAGUCUACUUCCAUCUAACUUCUGUAAACGACGUCCUCGCUCUUUCAGCUACCUGCCACCGUUUCCGCGGCAUCUACCUCUCCUCGCGCAAGAUCCCCAUCCUCGAACACGCCGCAGAAGAGCAAUACGGGCCGCUACUCGACGUCACGCAGCUGCUCACGCACAACAGCAGCCAGCCCGCGCACCUCAUCCGCACCGUGCCGCUCUCCAUCGCCUUCAUCAAGCAAAUCGUGCACGUCGGCCGCGUGGCAGAGCGCUGGGCCGACCUGUACCCGUUCAAAAAGUGGAAGUACAACUUCGAGAACCGGCGGCUGCUGAGCGAGGCGGAGCGGCGGCGGGUGCGGCGGGCGCUGUACCGGCUGUGGCUGUACGCGCGCGCCUUCUACAACCGGGCGCACCCGCGCGAGACGCGCAUGAGCCGGCCGGUGCUGCUGGAGCGCGCCGCGCUGCUGCACAACUGGAGCACGUGGGAGCUGGCCGAGAUGGCCGACGUGCACGCCGUGCUGCGCGACGUCGUCCACGGCAAUGUGUGCCCCAGCAAUGGCACCAUCGCCCGCCGCUUCAAGAAGCGCUUCCCCGACAAGGACCAGAACCAGCUGCUCUUCAACAUCCACCUCAACUACCCCCCGCCCGUCACAAAUCCCUUCAGCUCCCCCUUCCACUCCAGCCCCAAUGCUUUGUCAAACUACUACCAGCACGUCGGCCCGCAUGAUAACCGUCUGCACUACUCGAAGUACACGGCGACGGCGUAUCACGAACCUGGCGCUGAGGGUUGGGGUGAUGACAUACCACAUUACUAUGUGGUCGAGGACAUGAUGAAGCUCGACCCGGAACAGAUCCUAUGGCUGAAGGACAACGCGCCGCUCAAAGGUCAGGUGGAGAUGUUUGUGAGGGGUAUAGGAGAUUGGUUCGAGAACAACGGCGAGACGUGGAGCCAGACGUUGCAGUGGGUCCUGAAUGAGCGAGGAGAGGAUGUCGAUGAGGUUUUGAACGGAAUCGCAGAGUGUGAGUUUGGGAUCGCGGUGGUUGAGGAAUGA